AUGGCAACGCGGCCAGGACACGGGUUACUGGAAGGGGUGUGGUUUCGGCUUUGUUUACAAGCAGUCCGGGCAGAAAGUGUCAGGAUUGGUGCGAGCACAGCUGUCACAAUGAGCACGCGGAAUGUGAUGAUCACGGACUUGGAUCAGCCGGAUCCGGAGGAGCAGAAGCAGCAGCCCAAGCGGAACCGGAAGGUCCUUCAGACCCUGUCGGGCAACUUUAACCGUCGUUCGCGCAGCGUGGAGGCGGAACUAAAGCAUCAGCGGCAGGACAACUCGGGCACUACCGGGCACAAGGAUCGCCGGAAGGAGCGCUCCUUCCAUACGCUGUUGCAGGCCAAGGAACAGCAAUUGGAGCAGCUCGUCCAGCGAUUGGCCACUCUGCAUCGGUACAAUGACCAGUUUGCCAAGGAGAACGAGCAGCUGCGCCAGGAUAGUGGCCAGCUGGAGCGGCGUUUGGCUGAGACAGAGCAGCAGGUAGCCAGUUGCUCUCGCUGCCAGCAACUUAACCAGCGCCUGAACACAGUUCUCGCCCAGAAUCGCACUCUGUCCAGCGAUGUGGACAUGCUGAAAACGCUCGUCUUUAGGUUGAAUGUGCAGAUCGAAAGCUACCAGGAUCAGAGGCGCCACGGGGAGGAUCUUCCUGCGGGAGGAGGAGCAGCCAAAGCAGCCAAUUCUAAAUCGGCAUCCUGUCUGCCAUUGCCCACUCACACGCUGGGUCCACUCCUGCAGGCCUACGACGAGUCUCUGAGGGACAAGGAUGCCCUGUUGGCUCAGUUCAACACGGAGUUUGAACACUUCACAGGGGAACUGAAGCGCGCUCUGGAGGAGAAUACCAAGUUGCUGCAGUCCCAGGAGCAACUGCGUCGCGAUCUCGGCGGCUGGCGCGAGGAGCGGGUGUGCCUGCAGGCACAGUUGGGCGUGUGCCGCUCCAAAGCGGAGGCCCAGACCCGCAAGACCGAUUUGGCCAAGGAGAAGCUGGUGGAGGUGAUGCACUGCUACGAGCAGCGGACUCAGACGCUGCUCCUGGACAUGGACCACUUGCAGGCGGCCUAUGCCCGCACCAAAUCGGAAUUGGCCGCUCUAAAAAGUACUGCAGCAGCCGCAGCCGCAGCAGCAGUUCCAGUUGCUGCCCCUGUGCCAGCCGAAUCGGAGGCACUGCAUCAGUGCAAGGCCCUGCUCGAGCAGUUGCGGCAGGAGCACGCCAGGGAGCAAUCCUCGCUAAAAGAGCAGCUGCUGGCAACCACUGCCAGGGCGGCUUCACUCGUCCGUAGCACGGAGAAGGCCAAACAUGGCCGGGACCGGCUAAAGGCUCGUCUGAGGAUGGCCUUGCAAUGGGCUCAAAAGCUGGAGGCAGGGCAGGCGGAGGUGCGGGACACCUACGAGGCAGUGCGCCGUUUGGAAGUGCUUGUCCAGCACAAGGAGUCGCAGCUGCGGGGAUUGCACGCCCGGAACGUCGAGGAGAUGGACAAGUUGCGCCACAAGCUGCAGCAAAAGGACGAAACCAUUCGUACGCUGCUCCGUGGGAAGAUGGAACGGAGACCAGCAGUGGAUUAGGCCACCGAAACUAAAACAUACGAUUUUUAACAAUUAAAAAUAUAUAAUUUCAAUACAAAA